CUUUAUUUACCCUUAGUUUAGUUUAGGUGUAGGCAUCAGCGAGCACUCUGAAAUCGGAUAACGCCAAAUUGGAUGGUGCGCAAAUGGCACAUGUUUUAGCUCACGCGGUGUCAGUUGUAACCCGAGAUUGAGGGAAUAUAUGUCAAAAAGUAUGCUUUUCACAGAGGACACUACCGCAAGGCUGUGCGUGGUGUCCAGGGCACUCACUACUGUUUGAGUUUGAUUUUUUUAUUUAUUUUACGCGUGCGCUUUUUUGCCUUUUCUUAUUUUUUUUUGCAAUUUAAUUUCCCCCGAAGUUCCUCGCAAAUUGUAUUGCAGCGGAGAGAGCGAUAAAGGGGUUAAAGAGAGUAAAGCGGGGAAAGUGAAUCAGUAUGGAAGAAAAUGAUCACGGCAACAGAGACGUGGUGGAGCGGCAGGAGUCGGCGGAUGAAUCCAACAGAGCCAUCCUUCCCCUGUUGCAGGCGCCGGGGAACCUGCAGAUCCCUCACCGGGUCACCAAUUUCUUCAUCGACAACAUAUUGCGGCCGGAUUUCGGCAAAAGAAAGGACGGGGACGCAGACCGCGAAGAGGGCAGCCUCGCGUCGCGGGAGAGCCACAACAGCCCCGCCGCGCCCCAGACCGAGCCUGUGGGGAGCACGGUGCCGGCGGAGGGGACCUCCACUCCGCACACAGUUACCGCGGCCAAGAAGCCUGCUAUAGCCGCCGAAGAGCCCCUGAAACCCCGCGGGGAGAACGGAGACCAGUGCCUAAGCUCAGACUCAGACAGUUCCCAAGCCAGCUCAAACCCAGCCAGCAAGUCUCAGGCCAUGCUGUGGCCAGCCUGGGUCUACUGCACCCGAUACUCGGACAGGCCUUCUUCAGGGCCCAGAUCCCGCAAACCAAAGCAGAAAACGACCAGCAAAGAGGACAAGCGACCACGGACGGCCUUCACCGCAGAGCAGCUGCAAAGACUAAAAACGGAGUUUCAGACAAACCGGUAUCUGACCGAGCAGAGGCGGCAGAACCUGGCGCAGGAACUGGGCCUCAACGAGUCCCAGAUCAAGAUCUGGUUUCAGAACAAGAGGGCCAAAAUCAAGAAGGCCACCGGCCCGAAGAACGGCCUGGCCUUGCACCUGAUGGCACAGGGACUUUACAAUCACGCCACCGUCACGUCGAAAGACGAAAAAUCAGACAGCGAUUGAUGAAUUUCAGAGAAGUAACAGCAGCCUCCUGACGAAAAAGAACCUAUAGUAACCCUAUAUAGUUUUUUUUACAGAUAUCACAGCAAAACUCUACCUACAGGAAUAUUUAAUGACACACAGCAGAUAAAAAAUACCACAAAUUAUUAUUUCUAUCACUAUAACAGAUUAUCCACCGCAGCUCUACAAUGGGUCCAGGACACCACGAGAAAUACUUUAAAAAUAUACUACAAAUACACAAUAAGCUCACUGGUCAUCGUAUCGUCCCCACAGGGAUAUUUAAUGAUCUCUAUAUGUUCCUAUAGGAGGAUUAUAGUGAUUUUUCGUUCUAUGGGAGGUUUAAUCAAGCCUACAAUGCAAUAAUUUCAUCGAAUAAAGGGCCAGUGUAUAGAGUAUACCAGCAUAAAUUGUUUAAAAAAAAUAAGAGAUAUUUCUGCAAUAUCACGUCUAUAAAAGAUGUUGUAUAAAGGUAUGUUUUCAUUGUUUGUCGCCCCCCCCAACACCCCCCCAGGAGGUAAAAAUGCUUACACCCUUCAUCUUUUAUAUAUAUAGGCCUACUGCUAUAUCCAUGAUUGUCGUCAUUUUACAUUGAACUGGCACUUGACGUUUUUUCGAUCUGUCAGUGAAAGUGAACCAACUUAAGUCCAAAGAAUAUUUUUCUGCUGCAUCCAGGCUACUGUGAAUUUUAAAUAAAUGCUAACACGAUUUUUUUUUUCAUUUUAUUUCCAUGCUUGUUGGUUUCCUUGGUUGUUUAAUGUUUUAAAAGAACAUGGACAGAGGAAGGUGUUUGCUGUAAUUGGGCAGAAAAUGAAUUUUGAUACGUUUUUUAAAAAAGAAAUUCACAGGAAUUAUUAGAAAGAGGUAGCGACUUUUUUCUAACACGCCACUUCACUAAAAUGCUGACUUAAGCCUUGUUUAUACGUCUGUGGUCGUCUCAUAGCCUUUAAACAACUAUUAUGCGCGUAUUCCCUUCGUUAUACCAAUGCAUCAGAGCAGCUAUUAUAGUUUUUAAUAGCAAUAUAAAUCAUUUGUUUUGUAGCUGAGCAAAUUCAAGGCUAUAAUGCUGCCUAUAAAGUCACAGAAACAACUCUGUAGCAUAAAGACAAUGAUGACAACCAUUUUGCGCACUCUUUGAGUAUAGACUAUAAAAGCAGGUUAUUGGAUGUUCUUGUUAAAUCUUUCUCUAUAUACAUUUUUAUCACAUAUCCAUAUAUCAUAAAAGGCAAAUCCGUCAGUGACUGUAUUACAAAUGUUGGAAAUCUCUUAUCGUUGUUGAAAGGACUUCAUAUGUGUAUUUAUAUAGAUUAUAUUGAGAAAAAAAAUCUAUCCAAUGACCAGUGUUGCUUUAGAGUAGAUAUCUGAGGUGUUUACACUGCUUGUUUAUCUUGCAAUAACUUCUUUUUUUUGUUUUUGUUUCCUUUUUAUGUGAAUGAAAAAUAGUUUAUGGGGCCUUUUGCAUGAAAGCUGCAAUUUGUUGUACUUGGGCAAAUAACUGUGUUUAUGAACUCUGGUCCUCACUGACGAACGUAUGAUCGAGCUAAGUUUUAGACUGUAUCCAUACCAAAUUGUGGACUUUUUGCCUUUCAAUGUGUUUUUGUUGUGUAUCUGCAAAAAGUGUGUGUGAAUUAAAAUCCACCAAACAGAAACACACUUUGCCUUAAAGUUCAAGUGUGAACUUUUUAUGAAACAGAACUGUGCCGAAUCAGAGAAGCAGUAUUACUUCAAAUGCAGACUAUUCAAGUUGAAUGCCUUUUAUGAGAACUGCUGGUACGACGUUAUGAAUUUACUCAUCAGCGUAUAUCUAUCUAUAUAUGAACAUGUUUAAAUAAAAUUACAACACAGAGUUGUAGAA